GCACAUACGACGACAAGUACAACUGAGCGUCCCUUGUCACAAAAUUGCGCAUCGAAAGUGUAUUUAGCUAAUGGCAGAGAUAAUUGUGUACAGAAAUUCAACGGAGCGCGUCAGUAUUAAAAUAACUGAUAUUAACCAUUCCCAUCGUGUAUACACUCUAUAAUAGUAUUUUUUAAUGCGUUGCGCAGUAUUUUCGGCGCCGGUCAUAGCAUAGAACCGGAGAUAAUUUAGAGCGAAAUAGCGUUAUGUUGUUAUGUAAGACGAUCAGUAUUUCAACGUUUAAACAGAAUUUGAAUUAUUUGGAAAAACUCAGAUGCUGCGAUUUGUCAAUUUUUUUGCGGAAGCAUUCCACAAACCGUUUAGAAUUGGCAUAUCAAAUGAUAAAGGAUAAAUGCGAUUCGAAGAAGCUGCCUAAGGAUGUAGAUGUUAAAGCCGUGUUUGCGUGCAACGAAUUAGAUUUAAGGGAAGUAAAUGUGUACGGGUUCGAUUAUGACUACACCCUCGCGUGUUAUAAACCAUCUAUGGAUUAUUUGCUUUAUAAUUUAGGCAGACAAACCCUAAUUGAGAAGUACAAGUAUCCCCAACCCAUCUCCCAAUUGCAGUAUAAACCUGGCUACGCAAUUAGAGGGCUUCAUUACGACAUACAAAAGGGUGUCCUACUGAAAUUAGAUUCUUUUCUACAAAUUCAGUUCGGAUCCGUCUAUAGAGGGCUAACCGCGUUAUCAAAUGAUGAAGUUCUUCAGCUGUACCGAAAUAGAAUUAUUCCAAUUGCCGCCGUUGAAUACAGCAGAUCUGAUGACACUCAAGGAAAGAUGGUUCAACUAGCGGACCUGUUUUCUGUUCCGGAAAUGGGCCUUUUAUGCGACGUGACGGAUUAUUUUGAACGUAACCACAUUGAUUAUCAUCCAGAAAUCUUGUUUCGAGAUGUUAAAAAUUCAGUUCGGUUGUCUCAUCCAGUAAUGCAUAGCAUUGUAGGGCAAAACGUGUCCGAGUACAUUAAGCAUAAUGCAGACCUACGCAUAUUUUUCCAAAGACUCGUAGAAGCUGGUAAAAAGCUUUUUUUGGUAACCAACAGUCCAUUUAAAUUCGUAAAUAAGGGAAUGGAAAUGCUUGUGGGUAGAGAUUGGAAGGAAUUCUUCGAUGUGAUUAUCGUUCAAGCCCGAAAGCCCAAAUUUUUUACGGAUAAAUCACGACCAAUCCGCGUGUACGAUGACAAAAUUGGCAGCCACGUUUGGGACAGAGUAGUCAAACUGGAAAAGGGGAUCAUCUAUUACGAAGGCACCGUCAAACAAUUGCAAGAUAUGACAAAUUGGAGAGGUCAUCAGGUUUUAUAUUUUGGCGAUCAUCCGUAUAGUGAUUUGGCCGACGUUACUCUGGAACAUGGUUGGAGAACGGGCGCAAUUAUUAACGAGUUAACGCACGAAAUCGAGACCUUAAAUAGAACAGACUUUAAACGUAACGCAAAUUGGCUUCAAAUGCUUACUGGGCUAAUAGAAGAACAUCAAGAUUGCGAAGACCCCGAUGAACAAAAGGUAUUCGCCCAAUGGAUGCAAGAAAGGGAUUGUUUGAGGAACGACAUUAAGAUUAUCUUCAAUCGGCAGUUCGGCAGCGUGUUCCGCACUUACCACAAUCCAACUUACUUUUCAAGGAGACUGUUUAGAUUCGCCGACAUUUAUACAUCCAACAUUACAAAUUUGCUCAGUUACUCGGUAAAUCACACUUUUUACCCCAGGCGUGGCGUUAUGCCCCACGAGUACAUCUCAUAUUUUGUGUAAAAUGGACGUGUUCAGUAUUGCUGCCAGAUUAGUUCAAUUUAGUUUACGUUAUUGGGCAAUGUGAAACCCGUCGAAUAUUUUUUUAGAGUUCUUCAUUUGAAAAACAUUGUACAUAAGAUGUAGUGACAAUAAAGUUUGAUGCAUU